AUGAGGAGCUCCAGAAAUGUCUUGUAUCUUCUCUUCUUUCAUGCUGCUUUCAGCCUGGAACGUAUCCGUUGGUGCACUGUCUCUGAGCAAGAACUUUCCAAGUGUAAUGACAUGAGUAAGGCCUUUGGUGGGGCUGGCAUCCUUCCCCCUCUGGAGUGUACAGAGGGGGGAUCAGCUGCUAACUGUACACAGAUGAUCAAGGAUGAUUUGGCAGAUGCAGUGAUACUGGAUGGCCGUUUGAUUUACCAGGCUGGAAAGCAGCAUGGUCUGAAACCUGUGGUUGGGGAAGUAUACAAUCAAGAGAUUGGAACUUCCUAUUAUGCUGUGGCUGUGGCAAGGAAAAGCUCCAACAUCACCAUCGAGAGCUUGAAGGGUGUCAGUUCAUGUCACACAGGCAUCAACAGAACAGCAGGCUGGGAUGUGCCAGUGGGUUAUCUAAUUGACAGUGGGCGCCUGGCGGCAAUGGGAUGUGACCUUUCAAAAGCUGUAAGUGACUAUUUCAAUGCAAGCUGUGUUCCUGGAGCAAAUGGUGUAAACUAUCCCAAGUCCCUCUGUCAGCUCUGCAAAGGGGAUUUGUCUGGGCAGAACAAAUGUGAACGAAAUUCCCAAGAGCGAUACUAUGACUACAGUGGGGCUUUCAGGUGUUUGGCUGAAGGUGCUGGAGAAGUCGCUUUUGUGAAGCACAGCACAGUGCCUGAAAACACGGAUGGAAGAAGUCUGUCUUCAUGGGCCCAGCGGCUUCGCUCCCAGGACUUCCAGCUUCUGUGCCGCGAUGGCAGCACAGCUGAUGUGACAGAGUGGAGAACCUGCCACCUGGCCCGAAUCCCAGCUCGUGCCGUGGUUGUGCGGCCUGACACAGAUGGGACAGUUGUCUUCCAGCUCCUGAACCAGGGACAACAAAGAUUUAAUGGGGUAGGCACCAAGUUUCAGAUGUUUGACUCCACAGCCUAUGGUGCCCAGAAUCUUCUCUUCAGAGACUCCACCACAGAGCUCAUUGCAAUCACAGCUCAGAAUUACCAGGCGUGGCUGGGUGAUGAGUAUCUUCAUGCCAUGCAAGCUCUGAGCUGCGACCCCAACACGUUGCCAGAAAGCCUGAACUGGUGUGUUGUAUCCACUGAGGAGAUCUGGAAAUGUGGUGAAAUGGCCAUUGCCUUUAAGGAAAAGAAUUUGAAACCAGCAAUUCAGUGUAUUUCCGCCAAGACAAAGGAACAGUGCAUGGACCUGAUCCAGAAAAAGGAAAGCGAUGCUGUAGUUCUGGAUGGAGCUGAUAUUUACACAGCUGGGAAGACAUAUGGCCUUGUACCAGCUGCUGGAGAAAGCUACUCUGCUGAUGACAACAGCAAUGCAUACUAUGCUGUGGCAUUAGUGAAACGAAAUCUGUCCAACACAUUCACUAUCAGUGACCUGAAAGGGAAGAAGUCCUGCCACACAGGAUUGGGGAGAAAGGCUGGAUGGAAUAUCCCCAUUGGUGUGCUGAUUAAGAGGGGCAUUAUUAAGACCAGAGACUGUAAUAUUCCUCAAGCUGUGAGUGAGUUUUUCUCUGCCAGCUGUGUGCCUUCAGCUAAUCAGGACAAUUACCCAUCAAAACUCUGUCAGCUAUGUAUUGGAGAUGAUAGUGGCAACAAUAAAUGCAGUGCAAGUAGCCAAGAACGUUAUUACAGCUACAGCGGAGCCUUCAGGUAACUGAUAGAUAUGGUUGUUAUUUAG